AAUGUGUGCGAAAGUAUUAUAGGUACAUUACUUGAUAUUCCCGGUAAAACUAAGGAUGGUUUAACUAGUCGUUUAGAUCUUGUUGAAAUGGGUAUACGAACUGAUUUAGCACCUGAACAGAAAGGUAAACGCACAUAUUUACCUCCUGCUUGUUUCACGUUGUCCAGAGAAGAGAAAAAAGUUGUAUGUAAAUCAUUUGCAGAGAUGAAAGUGCCUGAUGGCUAUUCAUCCAACAUUCAAAACUUGGUAUCCAUGGGAGAUUUGAGGCUGAUGGGUAUGAAAUCACAUGACUGUCAUAUGUUGAUGCAACAAUUACUUCUGAUUGCUAUUCGGUCAGUAUUACCGAAAAAAGUUCGAGAUUGUUUAACGAAUGUUUGCAUAUUCUUCAAUCAUUUAUGCGGAAAAGAAUUAGAAAUGAAAAAAUUGGAUGAAUUGCAUUAUAAGAUAGUGGAAACUCUAUGCAACCUUGAAAUGUUUUUUCCGCCAUCAUUCUUUGACAUUAUGAUUCAUUUAAUGGUUCAUCUAGUAAGGGAAGCCAAGUUGUGUGGACCAGUUUGGGCGAGAUGGAUGUAUCCAUUUGAAAGAAGUAUGAAGGUGUUGAAAAGUUAUGUGCGUAAUCAUUAUCGUCCUGAAGCUAGUAUGGUUGAAUGUUAUAUAUCGGAAGAGGCAGUAGAAUUUUGCUCAGAAUACAUGAGUGGGGUUGAAGCAAUCGGAAUCAGCAAACCAUGAAAUAACUCAGAUGGAGUUGAUAAAGGACUACGAGGGAAUGGAACAGUGACCACCGUGUCUAGGGCAGAAUUAGAUCAAGCUCAAUUAGUUGUGUUGCAAAAUAAUCCUGAGAUUCAAUCAUAUAUAAUUGAUCACAUAGAGUUAUUACGGUCGAUGAUUCCAAACAAGAUUAAAAAUAAACAAAAAUGGGUUAUAGAUGAGCAUAA